CGGGCCCCAGUGCUCUGCCUCUGCCGUUCCCCGCCCCCUCGCCUCUGAGGCUGCCCUGAUAGCUGCCUGAUGCAAGGCCCAGUAGUGUCUGCUUUCCCGACCCCCGCCGACGGCGAGAGGCAGCCCACCUGCAGGACCGGUGCAUUCUCGGUCCACGUGGCCGCUCCGGAGCAGGUUGGAGUGGGCAGCGGGCGGCGCUGCGGGGACAGGCGCGGCGGACAGCCCCGGGGGCAGCGGCGGGGUCCUGGCUGGGAGAGGACGGGGUUGCGGCGGGCGGAACGGUGUCUCCUUCACUUCGCCCUCCAGCCGCUGCAGCUGCAGCUCCACCGCGAGCGUGCCGAGUGGCUUCAGCAGCUAGCGGAGCGGUGGCGGCGGCCCCCCUCAGGAGACCACCAGAUCCCCUCUUCCCGCGGCCUCGCCAUGGCUACCCACGGACAGACUUGCGCGCGGCCUAUGUGUAUUCCUCCAUCAUAUGCUGACCUUGGCAAAGCUGCCAGAGAUAUUUUCAACAAAGGAUUUGGUUUUGGGUUGGUGAAACUGGAUGUGAAAACAAAGUCUUGCAGUGGCGUGGAAUUCUCAACAUCUGGCUCAUCUAAUACAGACACUGGUAAAGUUACUGGGACCUUGGAGACCAAAUAUAAGUGGUGUGAGUAUGGUCUGACUUUCACAGAAAAAUGGAACACUGAUAACACUCUGGGAACAGAAAUCGCAAUUGAAGACCAGAUUUGUCAAGGUUUGAAACUGACAUUUGAUACUACCUUCUCACCAAACACAGGAAAGAAAAGUGGUAAAAUCAAGUCCUCUUACAAGAGGGAGUGUAUAAACCUUGGUUGUGAUGUUGACUUUGAUUUUGCUGGACCUGCAAUCCAUGGUUCAGCUGUCUUUGGUUAUGAAGGCUGGCUUGCUGGGUACCAGAUGACCUUUGACAGUGCCAAAUCAAAGCUGACAAGGAAUAACUUUGCAGUGGGCUACAGGACUGGGGACUUCCAGCUACACACUAAUGUCAAUGAUGGGACAGAAUUUGGAGGAUCAAUUUAUCAGAAAGUAUGUGAAGAUCUUGACACUUCAGUAAACCUUGCUUGGACAUCGGGUACCAACUGCACUCGUUUUGGCAUUGCAGCUAAAUAUCAGUUGGAUCCUACUGCUUCCAUUUCUGCAAAAGUCAACAACUCUAGCUUAAUUGGAGUAGGCUAUACUCAGACUCUGAGGCCUGGUGUGAAGCUUACACUGUCUGCUUUGGUAGAUGGGAAGAGCAUUAAUGCCGGAGGCCACAAGCUUGGGCUUGCCCUGGAGUUGGAGGCUUAAUCCAGCUGAAAGAAGCCUUUGGGAAUGGAUAUGAGAAGAUUUGGCCUUAAUAUAUUUCCAUUGUGACCAGCAGCAGGCUUUUUUUCCCCCCAAGAUGAUGAUCAAAACAAAGGAUGAUCUCAACAAGAGCUGUAUUUCAAAUAUUUAGACAGUUCCUUGUUAGCUGGUUUCUAGUUGAAUUGGUUAUCUAGUUACCAAUGCUGCAGUCCUGCAGUCACCUAUACAUUAUUUAAAUGUAUUUAACUGUUAAAUGUGCUACCCACCAAUAAUGAAAUAGACCUUUAUGAAAACUGUGCAA